AUGGCUGUCACUUUCUACGACCUCAGCUCGGCGGCUGGCCUUAAGAAGCUGGAUGAAUACCUUUUAUCUCGCAGUUACAUUACCGGAUAUCAGGCUUCAAAGGAUGAUCUUACAGUUCAUGCCGCCCUCUCAAAACCUCCAUCAUCGGACUAUGUGAAUGUGUCACGUUGGUACAACCACAUUGAAGCUUUGUUGAGGAUUUCUGGAGUUUCUGGUGAAGGAAGUGGUGUCACGAUUGAGAGCUCGGCUCCAGUUGCAACCCCUCCUGCUGCGGACACCAAGGCCUCAGCUGCUGAGGAUGACGACGAUGAUGAUGUGGAUUUGUUUGGUGAGGAGACCGAGGAAGAGAAGAAAGCUGCCGAGGAACGUGCUGCUGCUGUUAAGGCUUCCUCAAAGAAGAAAGAAUCUGGGAAAUCAUCAGUUCUGAUGGAUGUAAAACCAUGGGAUGAUGAAACUGACAUGAAAAAGCUUGAAGAAGCUGUUAGAAGCGUGCAGAUGGAGGGUCUCCUCUGGGGAGCUUCUAAACUUGUUCCUGUUGGUUAUGGAAUCAAGAAGCUGCAGAUUAUGAUUACCAUUGUGGACGAUCUAGUUUCUGUUGACAACCUCAUUGAGGACUAUCUUACAGCUGAACCGAUCAAUGAAUAUGUCCAGAGUGUUGACAUUGUGGCCUUCAACAAAAUAUGUGAGUAUUUUUAG